AUGGAGCAAAUUGAUAACAAUACUGCAUGCCAAGUCGCAGAGGCUUUCGUAAAGGUCUACUAUGAGACCAUGGACAAAAGACGUCAUGGAAUGGCAGAUCUGUAUCUUGAUACAGGUAUUUUGGUUUGGAAUGGCAACUCAUCAUCUGGAAAAGAAGCUAUUCAGAAGUAUCUCUCGGACCUGCCCCCAUCAGAACACCUAACUUUAACACUGGAUGCUCAACCAGUCACUGGUGAAGAAGUUGGAUCACAACCUACGGUUUUAAUAACCGUAAGUGGACGAGUCAAAUAUAAUCCGGAAUCUACUAAUGUGACGCGAAUACCGUUCUUUCAGAAUUUUCUUCUAACAUGCCAAGCUGGCAUUUGGUAUAUUGUUAGUGAUACUGUUAGACAUCAACGCUGA